AUCUAGACGGUGCUAUUCAGAACCAGCACAUGAUAGUGUACCUUUUCGAACCCUUUACGACUUUGGCGCAGGAUUAACGUAGCCAAGGCUGGAUGGACACAGUUGGAUCAAUCUAGGCUGUGGGUUGCCUUACGACAGAUUCUUGCCUAACUACAAAAUAAUCAUUGACGAUCUUGCAUAAGCAAUAUCGUAACCUCGAUAGGACCUUAAGUGCACACUAAAGCAGGAUUACUUCGGAUAAUCUGCUAUAAGCUCAACCUUUCUAGUUCCUUAGGAUACAUCGAUCUCGCGUUCCACUACCGUUUACGACUUGACCGAACUUACUUUCUCCCGCGGCUAUGGCCGCUAAUAUGCCACAGAUGGGCGGUGGCGGCGCUGUGCGGCCACGGCCACCCCACCAGCAGCUGUCGCACCUUGUCUACACGCAGAUGAUGGCGCAACAGCAGCAGCCAAACCAUAAUGGAGGCUGGCAAGAUCAAGUCCAAGCCAACUUGCGCGUGAGCAACGCCAUGAACCUGAUAUCUAAUUCAUUUCUCGCUAUGCCCGCUGUUGAUUCACAGCAGCUCAUAAUGUCUGGACUUACUUUCGAGAGAGAUUCCUUUCUGCAUUCGCCCGAUAAAGUAACUUAUGACCAGAAGAUUGGCGGUCGUGUACAAGAGCUCUUUAAGCAGAGGCAAGCACAUGAACACAGUCUUCAGCAUAGCUUAAAUGCCCAGGCUGCCGCUCAGGCUCAAGCACAGAUGAUGAUGAACCAAGGUAUGAUGCCGAGAGCGAUGGGUCAACCAGCCCAAGGAUUCCAACAUCUCCAGCAGCAAAUGCAGCCCUCCCCGAUUCCCCAGCAACCCCAUCAACCUGGUAUGGGCAUGGGUGGCCCGGGAGGACUUUCCAUGAAUCCAAACCAGCAGGGAAUGCAGAUGCGUGCGCAGAUGCCGGGGCACUCUGCCAUGGCAAGUUUAUCCGCUCAGGAAAGGGCGAAAGUUUCGCAAUUAGCCCUAGCGAGACUCAAUCAGACCGCAGAACCACAACGAAGCCAACUUCGGAUGAUGCUGCAAUCGAAGCUGACUCAACAACAACUGCAAUCACUACAACAAGAGAACAUGGACCCGGUCCUUUUCUUUUUUCAGAAUCAGAUCUUACAAGCUUGGAAGGGCCAAGUGAGUGCUAACGCCGGCGGCAGCCAGGCAAUGCAGAUGCAGGCACAGCAGCGACAGAUGAACCAAUCUAGGCAACAGCUAGCCGGGGUGACUAACGGCGAAUUUGGCCCCUUCUCUAACGUGGAGAGUAUAAUGAACCAACAGAAGGCAGGAUUGCUUGCCCAGGAAGCAGGCCAGAUGGUGGUGCCAGCGAGUAAUGGACCUGGCCGAAAUGCCACCCCUCAACCGAUGGGCGGUGUUCAGGGUCCUAAUCCUGGUAACCAUCCGGGUCCCAACCAGCCCGGCAUCCCUAACCAGCUGCAGCAGCAAUUCAAUCUGCCGCAAGCUCAGCAACUGAAGAUGGACCAGAGGGCAGCGCAGUCGCAAGCACAGAUCAGAGCGCAAGCCCAGGCCAAACAGAUGCAGGGUCAGCCUGGCGGAUUAAAUGGUCCUGGUCCUAUCUCUCAGAGUCCUGGCAUGAACACCCUGAACACUCCAGUUCGCCGGACUCCUAUGGGUAUGGGCCAAGGCGAGGGACAACCCCAGAUGGGUCAGCCAAGCGGUCCUUUUGGACAGGGAAUGGACCCACGGUUUAACCAGGGUAAUCAGCAGCCGCCAAUGGGGAGAAACCCAAACAAUAGUACCCAGAUUAUCAACAAUAUUAUCAACCAUAUGUCUGCCGAACAGCGCCAGAUAUUCAUGUCUAUGCCAGCGGAGAAGAAGAACGAGGUACUGAUGAAAUGGUCGAACGCUUCCAGAGCCGGCCAGAUGGCCGGACGUGGUCAGCCUCCUCAGCCCAGCCAGUUUGUGCAGAACAACCCAAUGGCUCAAUUUGGCCCGGUGAAUAACGCAGGCCAACAGCCCAACCCAAACAUGCCUAUGGCCGCUCAGAAUCAGAUGCUUCUUCAGCACCAGUUGAACAGAAUGCGUAAUACUAUGCAUAACCAAAACCGGCCUCAAGGAUCCCCGGACACCAAUGCGUUCAUGGAUUCGAUGGAUGUUCCGCAAAGAAUACUGGAGCAGAUACGAGCAAACCAGCCAGUUCCGCAGGAAGUUAAGAAAUGGGCUCAGCUCAAGCAAUAUUUGAUCCAGAAGAACGUAACUCAAAAUAUGAUGCAGCAGCUUCAAGGUAUCCAGAAUACCCAAUUUCAAACUAUAUUGAAGCAGAGGGCCGCAGCAGGCAACCUGCCUCAGCAUAAUGUACCUCUUCAGGGGCCACAGCCCCCCAAUGUACAGAUGCCAAUGGCCGCAAACCCUGCUGCUAACAUAGGCUCCUUUGCCGGUAUUACUAUCACCCCGCAGGAAAUGCAGAGUGCCAGGAAUCACGAAAGGUUCAAAGGGCUCCCAGAUGAUAAGCUCCGUGCAGCUUUAACACAGAUGAAGCUGCAUUCUCUCAGGUCAAAAGCAAAUAGCCAGGCACCGAAUGUCCAAAUGCAGACCCCGCAUAGCACCCAGCCAGGUAACGCAAACAUAGCUACCUCGGCGCCGCCAGUCGCUGCUCCCAACGUUCUACAACGACACCAGAAUGCAGGACUCGACCCCAAUCCGACAGGUUCUGUAGCGCCUCCGCGAAAUAAUAGACAACCCCAGAGCAACCGGCCACAGCCGAAUCAGCCUACAGCGCCACCUCAGAAAACGGGCCUGAAGCGUGCAAGCACCGACGAUGUGGUGGAGGUGCCCAAUCCUUCGAGUACACCUGUUCAGCGACCGCCUUCUCAACAGGCCAAGGCAUCCGGAAAUGUUCCUCCGAUACCCCAACUAAACGCUGCGCAGUUAGCUUCUCUCUCGCCUGAACAGAGAGCCAAAAUCGAGGCUAUGAUCAAGAGCAGACAAGCAGCAGCAGCAGCAGGUGGAGCUGCUGGCGCCGUCGCCGUCGCACAACAACCUCCUAUGUCUGAGGAGAUGCAGCGUCUCAAAACCAUUGGCCAUGAGGAGCAUAUUAAUGCGGCCAAGGAGUCAUACCAUGAAAUCCCGAUGACUACCGAGCAGUAUCAAGAUAUGGCCCAGAAGAUACAGUCCAUGGUGGGAGAGAUGGCGAAGAUCAGCAAGAUAUUAGGCCGAUGGUACACUCUAACUAGGGAUGAUAACCGGGCCAGGAUGUUCUUUAGGAUGCGACUCCGCCUAGUUAAGCAAUAUGCAGACGGCGACAAGAUGACCACUCUAAAAAAGGCAUUUUCGCUAAGGCCGCAAGACUUGGAUGGUGUGAGAGCAAUGUUGGAGGGAAUGGCUCGGGAUGUCGCCUCCCAGUAUCCCCAGAUUAUGAAGAGGGGCGUCAACCAGCAACAGAUUUCCUCAGAGUCUGGUCCUCAGCAGGGAACCAAUGAAAACACAGCUACACCGCCGACCGGUCAGCCUGCCCCGCUCAACGCAGCCAAUCUUGAGAAGCAAACGCAGGCUCUUAACAAGGUGCACCAGAGGACUGGUAGCAAGAGUGGGCAACCGCCCGCAGCACCGACAACCGCGCAGCCUCCAUUUCCCUUCGGAGCACAGUCGCCGAAUGGCCAGCCAACGUACAUUGGUAAGGCCACUGUAACGCAGGCGGACCUGCAUUUACCUGCUCGCAAGAAGGUUAAGACUGGAGCGCAAUCUGGUAUUGCUUCAGGCGGUCCAAGCGCCAAUUCAUCUCCCCAAGUACAAAAAGCGCCGUCUCCCGAAAUGGUGAAACGACAAGCAUCUACAGAGGUAAAGGCGACAGCGCCAAAGUUGCAGUUCCAGUGUCCUGAGCCGAGCUGCGAAGCACACGGCAUCGGCUUUGCUACUGACGAAGCCAGGCAAAAUCAUAUCCAGGAGGAACAUAUGAAGCCAUAUGAAGACCCCUACCAAUUCGUGAAAGAGAACCUUGAGGCUGCGCUAGGGUUAGAUUCGAACGGCAAGCUGAAAGCGCCGCCGAACGCAUCGAUGACCGCCCCGGGUACUUCGCAGAUCUCGGCUUCUAUGGUGCACGAUGUCUCGAAGCAAGGUCUGACGCCCACAAGCAGAGCUGAUGCCACGCCAAUGUCUCGAGAACCAUCGAUGAAACGACAGGGCAGCACUGCGGGCUCUAAAGCUACGGACCUGGCUAAGACGAUCGCUGGAAGAAUCAACACGCCGAAGCCUGAGUCUGGGACCAAAGCAGGAGACAAUACUACCGGAUCUAGUAAGCUUGACGACGGGAGGCCACAGGCGCCCCCUACAGAUAAUGCUUGGACGACGAUGACUGUGGACCCCCAGGAAUUAUUCCGGAAUUUAGGCGUCCUUGAGAGUGGUGGAGGAGGUGCAAUUUCGAACAUGGAUGUGUAUCGGGCAAUAACACCGAAUGACACACCCGAGUCGAGCAAGGAUAGCGCAUCUUCCGAACCGAAUAGCGACGUUUCAGAAGGCGUGUCCCUUAAUCUCCAACUGAAUAUGGGACUCGACAUGUGGAACCCGUUCGGAGGUGGCCCCAACGUGGAUAUUGAUUCUGGCGAUAUGGAGCUGUCGGGCACGGGCGAGAAUUCAUUCCAGGCGUUUUCCUGGGACGACGUUCAGAUCGAUUGGAAUAAGGAGUUCCAAUUAGAUACAAGCCUGUAUUCGAUGGACACUACAUGAACGAUAACGCCCGCCCGACGUACACUUCGAGAGACGUCUGAUUUAACGAAGAUAAUGCAACUUUGAGGAUCAUGAUACUAGCUAGGUCUUCUUCCUUUACAGCGAAUGGCGUGACAUCGGCGGGGACUAUGGCAAAGGCUAGGGGGAGAUGCGUUUUAUACGGAGCCAUGGAUCGGCCGGAGGAGAACUUGGGUGAAGGGCGUUGCGGGGAUAUUGUGUUUUUCACCUGGAUUAUUAUUCUUUUGUUUCUUCCCCCCCUCUUGGUGUACUUUAUGGACCCAAUAGCGCGGGUCGGGCUGGACAGGAACGCGGAAAACAUUUGCCUGGUACGAUGGCGAUCCGGCAAGUUUACGUCCUCAAGGAAGCAGCUAUAUAGGGCUGGGUUGGGUGGCGUCACGAUACCCAUAAAAAAGACAGGUGAACAGCGAAAAUAAGUUACUUUGAUUAUUAUUUAUAUUUUCAUCAGUGCAGGCCUGCAUACGUAUAAUCUGAAAGGGAUAUAUUAUGUAUUCCCUGAGUUUAGUAGAUACAUUGCCUUUGCAAGGUUAGCUUUACUUGUACUUGUAUUUUCAAAUGUCAACUUUACACUAUAAGGA